AUGAACAUAAAUAAAAUAGCGAAAUAUUUUGCUAUUGGUAUAUUAUUUAUUCUAUAUUUUAAUAUUUUAGUAGCUUGUCUUGAAGAUGAUGAAGACGAUGAAGAAAGCAUUUGGAAAUCUAGUGAAACAAACAUAAGACCCAAUAUAUCAGAAAGUCAUUUGGAUAUUCAAAAUGCCAUUCCUGAUAGUUCAAUGGAGGUGGGUGGUGUUCUGGAGCCCAGCCUUGAAGAAAAUUUCGUUGGUGCCAAUGAGAAAUCUGUAUGGAUAGAACUGACUGUGCCUGAUAAUUCGACUGAAGAAUAUAGCUUACCAAAUAGAAUCUUACUUAAUGAUACUCCUGUACUGUUGUCAACUGGUAGUUCAACUGUAGAUGUAGAAAAAAUUCCUGAAGUUUCCUUAUUAUUUACUAGUCAUGAUGAAAUACCAUCACCAAAGCACACUGCUCAAACUGAAAACAUUCCAACAAACAUUUCCACACAAUUUUUUGCUGGUGAUGAGAAAAAUGACACGGCAAUAGUGCCAGAUAUUGAAAGUAUUGAAAAGAAUGAUACAGCAGAAAAAUCAGAGGAUAUACCCUCAUUCUCAGAAUGGGCACAAAAAAGACUGGAAGAGGUUCAGAAAAGUGAGCAGAACAAUAUAACUUUCAAAGCACCAUCUCAAAAUGGAAAAGGCAACAACUCAAAGCUGAGAUGGAAAAACUAUGCCUCAUUGGACUGUGGGGCAAAAGUAGUGGGAUCAAACCCAGAAACAAUUAGCCCUGGGUCCAUUUUGUCACCGGCAGUGGAUGAAUAUAAACUCAGCCCUUGCACCAGUAGAAUAUGGUUUGUUGUAGAACUGUGUGAGGCAAUUCAGGCCCAACGGAUAGACAUUGCCAAUUAUGAACUAUUCUCUUCGUCCCCGAAAGAAUUCACGGUAUUAGUCAGCGAACGGUACCCCACCAGGGACUGGACAUUGGUGGGGAAGUUUGAGGCCAAAGACGAGCGGAACAUCCAGAGUUUCGACAUCGAGACGCAAAUCUUCGGGAAAUAUAUCAAAGUAGAGAUCAAAUCGCAUUAUGGGUCUGAACACUAUUGCCCCAUCUCUUUGUUCAAGGCGUAUGGGAUGUCCGUCUAUGAAGUACUCCAAAAAGAAGACUCUGGAAACGCUAACCACGUAGAAGACGACGACGACGAUGACGAAGAAGACAACCUAUUCUCCGCCAAAAACGGCGUUGAAAAAAACAUCUUCAGCUCCGCCACUGACGCCGUCAUCUCGAUGGUCAAAAGGGCUGCCCAAGUACUCGGCAACAAGGUGGACAAUCAAACAACCAACACCAACAAGUCAUUGUCCAGUGCCCUAGUAAAUACCUGCAGCUGCCCCAGACACCUGAUCAUCUGCAACAAUUGCACCGAAACGCUUUUCGGGCAAAUCUACGAGCUGCUCAGCUGCAAAUCGAAUACGAUCAGAAAGCUGAUCGGCCUGCCGCCGAUAUACAGGGCGUUGGCCGGAUCUGCCAGCUGCUCGAAGUUCGGCUACCGGAACAGUAACGGGCGCGAUGACAGUCGCUUGGAGAGUUUUUUUCCGGAGAAGUAUGUGGGGGCGAUGUGCAACGAGAUGGCGAUUUCGGAGCAGCAGGGCGUACUGAACGUUAGCCAGCAUUUUCCGAAUAUUACUAGUGACCUGACCAAUGAUAAGAUCAUCAGCAUGGAUGUGAAGGAAGUUGUGGAUCUUCAAGGAAAACCGAACAAAACUGGCAUCGACGUUACCGAACAGCCAGGCAACACAACCAUCCACUCGGCCACCGUAGACACCUCGCAAAUAAGACCGACGAAAACCCUCACCGUCGACCCAAACACCACUACGACCCCUGUCCCCGAGGAUCUCGUGCCCGCCAACCCGGAAACGGCGCCCCCAAAUCCGGAAACGGCGCCCUUCUUCGACGCCGACCCGACGCCGGACGUCGACCUCUCCAACGAGACCAUGGAGACGGCGCUGGACGAGCAGAUGGAGAGCGUCGACAGUAGCACGGUGGUGGUGACCGCUUCGCCGCAAGCGCCCAAGGAGUCCAUCUUUUUGAGGUUAUCCAACAGGAUAAAGGCAUUGGAACGGAACGUGUCCCUCUCGAGCCAGUACUUAGAGGAGCUCAGCAAGCGCUACAAAAAGCAAGUGGAAGAAAUGCAAAACCUAUCGGAAAAAACGAUCGCCGUCCUCCGCGAGGAAUCCCAAGAGCGACUGGAAAGCAAACAAAAACUGGAAGAACGUCUCGACCAACUCGCGGCCGCAGUGGACACCCUGGUGGCGGAACGAAGAAGCUUCUUCCUUCUCGUCUAUUUCUUCGUGUUUGUCGGCAUCGUCGGCAGCGUUUAUUAUUUUUUUUGCGGAUCGACAGAAGGCGCUGAUCAGAUUUCUCGUCGCCUUUCUGACGAGGACACGCUGAGGAGGCCCAAGGAGAGGAAGAAACGCAGACCGAGCGAUCAGGUGCUGAAGAUUGUGCGGUACUCUUCGGUGAACGAGGAUGAGAGGAGCAGGAGAUCGAAGAAAAGAAAGAAGAAAGUGUCGAAACGUUCGCAUUCAGCGGGCAGUUUGAAACUGAAAAACGACGACGAUUGGGUGACGGGCACGCAACAGGUGAUCGAAGACCACGCGCCGUUCGUAUUGGACGAGAGCGAUCACGUGAUCAGCGAGCCGCUGAAUCUGCCUGAGCAGGAGGAGCAGGAGGAGGACCGCGAUUCUGCGCAGAGGGUGCAGAUUGUCAUCGAGGAGAAUCGCCAUGGAGAGGUGGAAACGAACUCGACUUGUAGGAGUCCCUCCAAUGGGAUGGAGGGGGUCAAGAAGGAGAAGCGCGGGUUGAAGAGGUUUUUGAAGAAAGUGUUCUGA